AUGCCGGGUUUCUGUUACAUUCGUCCCUGCGAUGCUGAGGAACUCAUUGGAGCAUGGGCAGUUGCGUUGUCCGCGGAAAGCCGCCCCACCAUGCUAUCAAUCGCUCGAGAUCCUACAGGGCCUGUUCCAAAUACUGAUAGAAAAUUGGAACAGCGUGGAGCCUAUGUCACUCGCGGCCGUGAUGACUACGAGGUGACGCUCCUGCAAGAGGACGGCUACAGAAAUACAGUCUUUCCUCAAGAUGGAAAGCCCAUUGUAAGCGUGGAAGAAUAUGUUGCGACAACUUGGGCGAGAUACAUCACGGCUAGCAUAGGCAUGACGACCUAUGAAUACUCAGCGUCGAACUGCAGUAACUAUGACCGAUUUGGGCUGGACGCGCAGGGAAUCGAGAAAAAGGUCAAGCCGUACUUAGCCUUCUUGAAUGGCAGGUCUGCUCGCGAGGUUGGCUGGAGACAGCUAUAG